CGGUAAUCAUCCAUUCGCCCGCCCGCCGCCGGCACGAUCGCGUGGCGAUCGCACGUUUUUCCCACGCGCAGUUUGUCGCGCCAAAUAACUUCACAAUUAUAUGGUGUAUAUUACAGAAAUUCAAACUCACAAGACCGCGUGCACCGAAAAAACUCAAAAUGGACAAGGAUCGUGCUUUGGAGGAUAUGAUGGGGAAGUUGGGGGACUUCGGGCGAUAUCAAGGCUUACAAUUCUUCCUUCACAUCCUCUCAGCUUUGACGGCGGGACUUCACAUGCUGUCAUUAGUUACAGUCGCUGCCGUUCCUGAACACAGGUGCUGGAUUGAUGGUGUCGACACAAACGAAUCAGUGGCCUUAUGGAAUUCCUCAGAAAUAUUGAAAUCUAUACCUUUGACAUCUACCGGUAGUCUCAGCAGUUGUUUGAUGUACAAUGAAGAGAAUAUAACAGUUACUUGCAACAAAUGGGUAUACGACUCAAAAUACAGAACAUCUUCUCGAGGCAUCGAUUGGGACUUAGUAUGCGAUCAAAGGUGGAGAGGCGCAUUAGCCCAAACCAUGUACAUGCUAGGGGUUUUCACGGGAGCUGUUUAUUUAGGAGGACUAGCGGACAAAAUAGGUCGCAAAAAAGUAUUUUGCAUGUCCGCUGUGUUACAAUUAAUUUUGGGUGUAGUAGUUGCCUUUAUACCAGAAUAUUGGACAUUUGUAGUUAUAACUUAUUUUUACGCAAUUUUUGGAUCUGCCGGGGCAUAUAUUCCUGCAUUUGUGCUCACUAUGGAAUUAGUAGGCCCAAGUAAAAGAACUAUUUGUGGUGUCGCUUUUCAAGCUACUUUCGCUUUAGGAAUAAUGUUGGUUGCAGGUUGGGGCGCGCUUAUUGACAAUAGGGUUGUACUUCAAGUUAUUUAUGGAUUGCAUGGUUUAAUUCUUAUUCCACAUAUUUGGAUAAUGGAUGAGUCGCCACGUUGGCUCUGGGCCCAAGGUAGACCCAAAGAAGCUGUAGACAUUGUCCAAAAAGCUCUAAAAUAUAAUAAAUCCGAUAAAGUUUUAGACCGGGCAGUUUUAGUUUCUAAAGGAAAAGUAGAAAAGUCUAAAAAUACGGAGUCGUCUGCAAGCGUUUUUGAUUUGUUUAAAACACCCAAUUUACGGAUUAAAACUUUGAAUGUUUGUCUUUGUUGGUUUGCUAAUUCCUUAGUCUACUAUGGACUAACUCUUAGUGCUGGAAAAUUGGAAGGAAAUCCUUAUCUUAUAACAGCUGUUUUUGGAUUAGUAGAGUUACCUAGCUAUGCGGCCGUUGUAUAUUUCCUUGAUAUUUGGGGGCGCAGGCCGCUUAUGACUUCCAUGAUGCUGGUAGGUGGCAGUGCAUGUAUCAUUGCUGCCUUUAUUGAUCCAGAUUAUAUCGUGUCAACUGUCGUUGUGAUAGCGGGAAAGCUGUUCAUAGCUGGUUCUUUUGCCAUUAUUUAUAAUUAUUCCGCUGAAUUAUUUCCUACAGUUGUCCGAAAUUCAGCUAUAGGAUUAGGAUCAAUGUGUGCUCGAUUUUCAGGGGCUCUGACGCCUUUGAUAACUUUGCUCGAUUCUUUCGAUCCGAAAAUUCCGGCAGCCACCUUUGGUUUAGUGGCUAUAGUAUCAGGAUUUCUCUGCUUCUUCUUACCUGAAACUAUGAAUCAUCCAAUGCCACAGUCAUUGGAAGACGGAGAGAACUUUGGCAAGGGUGAAACUUGUUUCACAAGUUGUUUAGGUAAAAGGGAUAGCAUUGAUUCAUACAAUGCCGAUGAUAAAGCAGAAGAAAUGGUGGCGUUAGAUGAUAUGAGUAAAAAAGUUUAAUUUUAAGAUUUUGGAUAAGACUGGGUGUUGAUCUUAUUUUAAAUAGAAUUACGUUGGAGUUAACGUGAAACCAAAAAAAAUCUGAGAGAACUUAAUCUCAUAAAAACAUACCGAAGAUCUGAAUAUAAUUAGAUCGUAAUAUAUUAUCACUAAUUAAUUAAAGUACAGAUGAAAUAUUCUAAUACCCAGAUAUAGCACGAACAUGGUAAACACCAAAGAAUAAAAAUACAUGCAAUCAUAUUACUUUGCAGCUAAUCAGAUUAAAAGAAUAGAGUCUUAAUCAACACGUUUAUGAUUUUCUAAAGCAUAUGAAGUCAGACUACUCGAUAAAGUUUGCUUUAAAUUUUCAUACUUACCAUUUGAACUGAAGCAUCAAUAACAUGUUAGAAUUAUAGUGAGAUAAACCAUGUUUCAAAGCAUGUUGCUAUAGUCCAUUGAAUUGUACAAAAUAAUUAAUUAAAUUAAGUAGAAUGCAAAAAGAACGAGCUCUUUACAUCUAAGUUAUUUAAAAGUAAACAAUCACUUCGUGUUUUAAUUAUAUUAUUUUUUUUAAGCACAGCAAAAAUCCACUUGCAUACAAAUUUAUAUGCUUAACAAAUCUAUUUUGACCACUGCCAUAUGUUUGACAGCAUUCAGUGAUUUACUUAAAAACAAGAAUGCUCUACACUUCUUAUAAUACCUAUAUCAUAUAAAAUUAUUAUGAGGAUUUAAUACAACCAAAUCUGUUACACUUUUUAAUUUUUUCUUGGAUAGAAUCUUCUGUUAUUUAAAUCUCAUAAGUGUAUUACUUAUUAUUAGAUUCUAUUUAUUUUUAGUUCCUUAGAUAUUUAUUAAAUUGUUUAUUGUUUCCAAAUUCAAAAUUUAUUAUUCAUUAGCAAAGACAUUUAUUAUAAAGUUACUAAUAAAAGCCGUCCAUUUGUCGAAUGUAAAACACACUUUAUAAAUGAUCUUAAAUAUAACUAAAAUUUUCGCAUUUGUAGGCAAGGGUUAUUCUAUAUAUUCAUGACCUACCUCCAAGUGGUUUUGAUUAAAUUCUUAUGAAUUGUUACCAAAUUUCUAAUUAAAAAUGUAAGCACUCAGGAUUUUAUAGAAGAUACACAUUAUUUCUAUAUUUGAUGAUUGUAAUUUAUUAGGUAGGUGAUAUUGUUUUGUGAUGUUCAAUUGAUUUGAGGUUUAAGAGGCUUAAGUAAUAAAUUACUGACAUUAUGUUUUUAUGUUCCUAAAAACCCAAACUGUCACUAUUAAUUGUUAACGUACAAAGUGUGCCAAAAUAGUAGGCCACAACAAAUAUAGAAUAAUGUUAUUAAAUUCCUACAUGUUUUGUGAUAAAAAUAAUUAUAUUUUAAUCCUCUAUUAUGUUAUUAUUCCAAAAGAUUUAUGAUCAAAUACGAUGUAUCAUCUGUUGAAAAUUUUUGUUAAAGUAUAAUCACUAUUCUAUCAAUAAAUAUGUUAUGCACAAAUA